AUGGGCUCUGUCCGCUGGGCUUUCCGGUGCGGCUCGUGGACACCGAGCAGGUCUGACUGGCUGUUUGCUGCUCGCUGUGUCCAGCAGGAGGAGAAAGACAGAAUCGGACAGUUUGUGUUUGCUAAGGAUGCUAAGUCAGCCAUGGCUGGCAGGUUGAUGCUGAGGAGGUUUGUGUGUGAGAGGAUGGGGAUCCCCUGGUCAGAGAUCAGACUGGAGCGAUCACCCAGAGGGAAACCUUACCUGGCAACACCACUGAAGGUCAGUCCAAAUUCAGGCCCCGAACCCCCGUCCUGGAGUUUCAACCUGUCCCACCAGGGGGACUACACUGUGCUUGCUGCAGAGCAGGGGCUGCAGGUGGGAGUGGAUAUCAUGAAGACCACUAUGCCAGGUAGCAGCUCUGUGCCUGAGUUUUUCCGCAUCAUGACUCGUCAGUUUACAGAGUACGAGUGGAGCGUCAUCCAAUCAGCUGGUUCGGAGCAACAGCAGCUUGCCGCGUUCUACCGCCACUGGGCCUUGAAGGAGAGCUUCAUCAAAGCCAUCGGCACGGGUCUGGGCUUCAACCUGCAGAGGGUGGAGUUUCAUCUGUCCUCUGAACCGCUCACACAGAAAUGUGUGCUGCGCCAGACCAAGAUGCAUCUAGAUGAGGAAGAAGAGGAGGACUGGACAUUUGAAGAGAGCUUGCUGGAUGCUGACCAUCACGUUGCUGUAGCACUGGGACCAUCCAACACAGCAGGCGCUGCACCUCUCCGUCCAUCUCUUCCUCCUCCCACCUCAUUUACGCUGCUGUCGUUCACCGACCUCAUCGCCUCGGCCUCACCUCUGACAGAGGAAGACCCCGCCUGCUGGGACGGUUUCAAGAUAAAGGCUGAAGCUCCACAGAGACAAAGAGAAACGCACACGUCCAAAUAAACACCUGUCUAACACUGACACUCUCCUUCCACACACACACACCUUUCAUAACUGUCGACAAAGAGACACUGACACUGAAGCUGCUUUCUUAUUCAACACAAGUCCAGUCAAGUCAAGUUUAUUUAUAGAACCAAAGAUCACAGGUUUGUCUCAGAGGACUUCAGAAUCCAUACAGCAUAUGAGACCUCUGAUCUUUAGAGCCUCGGUUCAGAUGAAGAAAAACUUCACACAAAAAACCUCUACAUACUGGAUACACACACACACGCAUGAUUACAAUGCAGUACAUGCAAACAUUUAAUGUCGGUCAAUAGAUUGAUCUUGUGAAUUGUAUUAACUUCCUGUGUAAUUUCAGAAUACACGUUGUCCAAGAUUCUGCAUUGAGCUCCUAUUUAUUGAUCCUUGUAUAACCAACAGCCAUCAAACAACACAUUUGACUGAAAGAAAUCUGCAAUAUGCCGUGUACAUGAUGUAUAAUAUGUAAUAUACUCAUUCAUAACUAAUUCACAGGCUGUUUCAGAGAUGAAUAGAUGAUAGUUAAUUGACCAUAUUUACUUUGUUUUAGUCGAAUCCCUGUGUGGAUCUGAUCAAAUUAAGAGUUAGACUAAGGGACAAUGUCUGCGCAGGGUGUUAAUGACAGAAACAUUUUUUACUUGAGGAAAUAAUUCUGUCACCGUCUCUGACUCUCUGUGCAAUGCAGAGCAACAUAUAAAGAUUUUGAUAAACAAUG